AUGCUCGCCAUCCUCUCAUCCCUACUCCUCCUGCUCACCGCGACGACCCCUACCCUCGCCUCGACUUCCUCUCCUCACCUCGUUCCAAGAGGUGACAUUGAGCUACUCCAGCAUCCAGUCCCGCUCAACCACGACGGAUUGAAGACGGAGCGGCGGAAGAAGGAGAAGCUACGAGUGCACGCGGACAAGGCGCACAAGCAAGUGUCCUCGACUCUUUCGACAGACGAAGGCCGCCUCGCGCUGCCCGCCGGCGUCAAGCACAAGUCGAUCUGGUCAAUCCUUUUCGCUGCGGCAGCAAUAGAGGACUCGCAGAUGGCCGAAGACGACUCGGAGGAAGAGGAAGUCGAGGAUGACUUUGAGGAAGAGGGAGACGGAGGUGAUAUGCUCAGCAUGGAGGAGUGGAGUCGGCGGAAGCGGGCAGUGAGCGAGAAGGAAAAGCGGAGACGAGAAGUAGUUGGCGGAUGA